AUGUUUGUUGAUCGAAACAUUAAAAAUCCUAAUGAUGAAGAAUUUUGUUGUGAGAGUGUACCAUUUAAACAGGGUGCUGAAGCAAGAUUAUAUCAUUGUAAAUAUAAUGAAAAUAAAAGUAUAUUAAAAGAAAGAUUUAAAAAAACAUAUCGACAUGAAACAUUGGAUAAAAAAUUAAUUGUUGAAAGAAGGAAAGCAGAAGUUAAAGGUAUAAAUAGGUGCAAAGAUUUAGGUAUUUCUGUUCCGGAGAUAUAUUAUGUAAACGAACCUAGUAAUUUUAUUAUUAUGGAAGAUUUAACAGAAAAGACAAUGGUAAUGAAAACAUAUAUUGAAAAUUUAAGAGAAAAUUUAUUUAAUGAUAUCACUAAAUUUGAAGGAAUAUUAAAAGAUUUAAGUAAAAAAUUAGGAAUAAUAUUAGGGAAGAUGCAUGAAAAAAAUAUAAUUCAUGGUGAUUUGACAACAUCAAAUUUACUUGUUUCUAAUAUAGAUAUCAACAAUGAAUUAUUUACACUUGAAGGUAUAUAUAUUAUUGACUUUGGUCUAACAUUUAUGGAUAAAAAUUCUGCUGAAAAUAAAGCUGUUGAUUUGUAUGUUAUGGAGAGAGCACUUAAAUCAACACACCAUAAACUGGAAUUUUUCUUUGAUUCAUUAUUGGAUGGAUACAAAAGUUAUAAUGCAGAAUUUGGUAAAAAAGUAUUAACAAAGUUAGAUGAGAUACGUCUUCGUGGACGGAAAAGGGAUAUGACUGGUUAA